AUGUCGAUUCCUCGCGCCAUCCGACAGGCAUUCCUUGCCAUUGAACAAUCAGAGGGGGCUGGCGCACGGGUACGCCGGUCCAUUGGUACGCCAAAGCUCAGAAACCUGAGUCCCUUUUUGAUGCUCGACCAUUUCACCAUUGGAAAAGGCGCCGGGUUUCCGGACCAUCCUCAUCGUGGACAAGAAACUAUCACCUAUAUUCUCUCCGGGGGUGUCGACCACGAGGACUUUGCCGGGAAUAAAGGCACGAUCGGGCCUGGCGAUCUACAGUUCAUGACCGCGGGGCGAGGCAUCAUGCACGCGGAAAUGCCCCGCCAAAACCCGGACGGAAGCCCCAAUGUUGGCAUGCAGCUGUGGGUAGACCUGCCGGCGAAGUUGAAGAUGUGUGAGCCUAGAUACCGGGAUCUCUCCGCUUCAGAAAUCCCCACUGUCACCGAGGACGAUGGAAAAGCGAUAAUCAAGGUGAUAUCAGGCCAAUCGCACGGAGUGGAUUCCGUACGCGACCUCGCCUAUACACCGGUUUGGAUUUUUGAUAUCACGCUCAAGCCAGGCGGCAAGGUCACACAAGCAUUGCCCAAGGGCUGGAACGCGUUUGCCUACACCUUGCUUGGGGAAAUUACCUUUGGAAAUGCCUCUGACACGACUGCGAAGCCAUCGUCUGCUUCCUCGCUUUCGAAAACUGUUCCCCAGUACCACAACGUUGUGUUUGACCAACAAGGAGAUUUUGUUCAUGCUUCCACUUCGCCGGACGCCCGUGAGGAUUCCCGGUUCCUUCUUGUCGCGGGUCAGCCGCUUGACCAGCAAGUCAUCCAAUACGGCCCGUUUGUACUGAAUUCCCAGGAAGAGGUCUAUCAGGCCAUGCGAGACUUCCAUAGUUCAUCCAAUGGCUUCGAAAGAGCGCGUGGCUGGGAGAGUGAGAUUGGGAAGAGAAUGGGAUAA